UUUUGUUUGGGUGGGCAAGCACACAUAUCCCCAGCCCCACUCCUUUCUUUUCUUCCCCAUCCCCUCUCUCUCUCUCUUUCUCUGCCAGCUGACUGUCUUCCCAUAUGCCCCAAACCCCUUCACGCUUUAACAUAAAUAAAUGAAAUGAAAGAUCCUUCCCCUUAAUAACACCUACCAUCCCCUCUUAUUUAUUUAACCACUCUCACUGUGCAACACAACAACAACAACAACAACAACAGCUGUUUCCCUGUUUUUUCACCCUUCAUAGUGAAUUUAAUUUCCACUGUUUUCUCAGAAACUGCAGAGAGGUGAAAUAGCUUUGAUUUGGUUCCUCGGAUCGGGAUACAUGGUUGUUGGCGGCGGGAUUUGGCGGCGGGUUUUGGUGGUGUUUGUGGUAUGUGCCGCGGGUAUGGAGAUGGGGGCGGCGGAUCCCAACGACGAGCAGUGUUUGACGCAUCUGAGCGCGUCGUUGGAGGAUCCGAUGAGGAAUCUUCAGAACUGGACGAGGGACAGAUUCGCGAAUCCUUGUCAAGGAUUCACCUCGUACUUACAAGGCGCGACUUGCAACAAUGGCCGAAUCUAUAAGCUCUCGCUCAACAAUCUCUCGCUCCGAGGCUCCAUUUCGCCGUUUCUCUCCAAUUGCACGAAUCUCCAGGCGUUGGACCUGUCUUCUAACGCCCUAAGUGGGCCCAUCCCGCCGGAGCUUCAGUUCCUCGUUAACCUCGCCGUCCUUAAUCUCUCCGACAACGCCCUCUCCGGUUCAAUCCCGCAGCAGCUCGCGCUCUGUGCUUACCUCAACGUCAUCGAUCUCCACGACAAUCAGCUCUCCGGGCUCAUCCCGCCGCAGCUCGGGCUUUUGGUUCGGUUAUCCGUUUUCGACGUGUCCAAUAACCGGCUCUCCGGCCCGAUUCCGGCGUCUCUGGGGAACCGGAGCGGAAACCUAAGGCAGUUCAAUGCGAGCUCGUAUGAGGGGAAUAAGGAUCUUUACGGGUACCCGUUACCGUACAAGAAGAAUAAUGGGCUGUCCAUUUUAGCUAUUGUGGGGAUCGGGCUGGGGAGUGGGUUCUUGAGCUUGGUGCUCAGUUUCACCGCCGUUUGUAUGUGGCUGAGAGCCACCGAGCAAAAAAUGGCCGCCGAAGAAGGGAAAAUCGGCCAUCUCAUGCCUGAUUAUUAGAUUAAAUUAAGCAAAAAAAAAAAAAAAAACUGUAUUUACAGGUAUGCUAGCCUAGCCAGUUCUUGAUUAUCAAGAUCCCUUUUUUAUUUUUAUUUUAGUUUUCCCCUUUUCCUAUUGGGGGGUGGGGGUUCUUUCAUUUUCUUACCCUCUUUGCAGUCUUGGUUGAAAGACCAGUUUUGGUCCCCCUUUUUCCCCUUAACAAUUUGACAAUGUAUAAAGAAUUUGAGUGCACUUAAACCCCACUACAUUGCUCUGCA